CAUAACACUGCUCUGGCAUGUGUUUAGUCGUAUGGACGGACAGCCGGCUUGAAAAUGACACAUAUCACCACACCGUUUUCUCCUCCGCUGUACAUACAGAGAUACCAGUUUGUUAUUGAUUACGUGAGAACUUACCGACCUAGAAAGGUCAUCGAUUUUGGAUGCGCCGAAUGUGUCUUGCUGAAAAAACUGAGGUUUCAUCGCAACAAUAUACAGUUACUAGUGGGAGUUGAUAUCGACAGAGCUGUCCUCCUCAGCAGAAUGCGUACACUGGCACCCCUUAUGAGUGAUUACCUUCAGCCAAGUGAUGGGCCUUUGACCAUUGAGCUGUACGAAGGCUCAGUUACAGAGAGGGAUCCAUGCACCAGAGGAUUUGAUCUUGUGACAUGUGUUGAGUUAAUAGAACAUCUGGAGCUUGGUGAUGUGGAGAGCUUUUCAGAAGUUGUGUUUGGGUACAUGGCACCAGGUGCCGUGAUUGUCAGCACACCUAAUGCAGAGUUCAACCCACUGCUGCCGGGUCUGAGAGGCUUCAGAAACCACGACCACAAGUUUGAGUGGACUAGAGCCGAGUUUCAGGCUUGGGCUCACAGAGUAUGUGGAGAAUAUGGUUACUCAGUGCAGUUCACUGGAGUUGGAGAAGCCCUUGGCCAUUUGAGAGAUGUGGGAUUCUGCACACAGAUUGGUGUGUUUCAGAGGAAUUUUGAUGGGCUAAAUUGGUCCAUGACCAACACCGAACGUUCGGAACCCUCCGUGUACAGACUGUUAUACAAAGUGAUGUAUCCGAGCCUGUGCGAUAACAACAUCUACCAGAAGACUUUGGUUAAUGAGGUCCUGUAUGAGGCAGAACACCUGAGACAGGAAUGGCACAAGAGUGAGAACAACAAUCCACAUUUCUACUAUCAUCCAUCAGCAGAAGCAGUGCAGUAUGGGGCUGAAGGGGGUGCAGUGGAGUGGCAACCUGUCUACCAGCAGGGCGGCACCAUUUGUGUUCCCUUGCCACGUAUAUGGUCCAGCCCUAGAGUGAGAGCAUUGUGUGGGACAGUGCAGCGUCUCGGGGAGGAUCUCCUGGAGAACUCGCGGGUAAGGCUGAAUGCUGAUGGAACAAUGCUAAUUCUGCCUGCUGAUGAUGAGGAGGAGGAGGAAGAGAAAGAAGAGGAGGAGGAGGAGGAGGAAAAGGUGAAAACUGUAUCAUGUGUAGCAGACAAAGUAGAGGAGGACUGGGACAGGGAACUUGAGAGUUCUGGAAAUGUAUAACAGAUCCACAAAGCUCUGUAACAAGAUUCAAAGGUAGAAAGUUGUACUUUUGGUUUACUGCUGUUAAAAGAUGUUUGUUAGAGAAGAACGGAUCAUAAGUGUAGAAUUAUAUGGCCAGAUCUGUGAUAGAUGGAGAUGUUCUUGAGGGAAAUUAACCAUUAAACAUUCUUAUGUCCCAUAGGACAAAAUAAUAAUAAUUUAAAAAAAAUUAAUA